AUGGCAGUGACACAUGCUGAUCUUGAACCAAGUCCACCAAGCUCCGACUUGGGCAGCAAAACAGGAGCUUGCCUCAUGGUUUUGUCCAUUUUCUUUGGUCUGUUUUGCUUCAUCCUCUGCCUCCUGGCCGAAGCCACACGCUCUCAGGUGACAUGGAGUAGUGAUGAACAAGAAUGUGUGUAUUCUGGGAGUGGGAAAGUGCCAUUGCUAUGUGGAGCUGCUGCAUUUGUGGCACUUGCAAUUGCCAUGAUUGUGGAACACACUUUCAUGUUGAUUUCAAUCUCCCGAUCAACUUCUUCCCCUUUGGUUAUUUGGGACCCUGAUUCCGAUUUCGCCAAAUCAGUUGCUUGCCAAGCUGCUUUCUUCUUCGUCUCCACUUGGAUAUGUUUUGCGGUGGGCGAGAUACUGUUGCUGAUCGGAUUAAGCAUCGAAUCGGGUCAUUUGAAGAACUGGGCUACCCCGAAAUCCAGCUGCUUGAUCCUCAGGCCAGGAAUGUUCACGUCUGCCGGAGUUUUUGGUCUGCUCACCGUUUUCCUCGCCGCCGGUCUCUACAUAACGGCGCUCCGAGCUCAGAGGGCGCUUCAAGAUCAAGAGAACGUCCGGCGAGAGGUGUUGGAAGCCGCUUCCUCCGCAAUCUACACAACUCCGACGAGAUUGCCACCUCUUCCUCCGGCCGUUGUCAAUCAGAACACGGUAGCUACACAGUAUCGAAGUCAGCGUUCCUUAUCGGAUUACUUGACUGAGUUUGAGAAGUACUCUUAUUUAUGA